GUGCGCUGUGUCCCUCAGACACAGCAGAUCACCAAUCACGGAAAGAGCCGAAGAUGUCGGCUCGGUCAUGUAAUCAGCUGUGUCCAAUCACAGCUGACCACAUCAGUGCCACCUGUCAGUGUCCAUCAGUGCCUUAUGUCAGUGCUCAUCAGUGCCACAUAUCAGUGCCUACCAGUGCACAUCAAUGCCACAUAUCAGUGCCCAUCUGAGCUGCCUUUCAGUGUCACCCAUCAGUGCCACCUAUCAGUGCUGCCAAUCAGUUCCACCUUUCAGUGCCAGUCAGUGCCGCCUAUCAAUAUCAGUGCGCAUCAGUGCCGCCUGUCAGUGCUGCCUAACAGUGCCCGUCAGUGCUGCCUAUUAGUGCCAGUCAGUGCCACCUAUCAGUGCCAUGUAUCAGUGCCUAUCAGAGUCCAUCAGUGAUGCCUGUCAAUGCCCAUCAGUG